AUUUUAUCCAUAGUAGAUUUUAUUAAUGGAAUUGUGUGUGGUUAAAACAAAAAUUAGAAUUAGAGGCGUUGGCAUAUUUUUUCUUCCGUUUUACAUUUUAAAACAAAUAUAAAAUAUAUAAAAACAUAUCAUAAUAUUCAAAAUAAGCUAUAAAGAAUAAAAAUACUGCAAUAAAACCAUCAAAAAGUAAUUAAAAAGUAAAAGUGAUCCUCAAAAAUUACUACGAAUUUUGUUUGAGUUAAAAAAGAACCCUCUUAGAAGAAAAAUUUUUGUUAAGAGAUACAAACUGGAUUAACAGCAUACCAUACAAAAACAACAUCCAUAUAUACAAUAAAACGCAACCACCAUAGUAGUAGACACAGUCAGUCAGCAUUUUUUAAGCUUCUUGUAACCAAAAACAGCGAACUUCUUGUGAGUGUGUAUGUUUGUUUUUCUGCUGUUGUGCUACCUGUGCAAAUGAAAAAUUGUGUACACAGACGGACUAGCAUCAUAGCAAGCAGCAGUACAAAAGAAAAGAGAAAAACUAUUUUAUUUUUCAACAUUUUUCUUGCAAUUGUAUUUUGGUUGUGAGUGCGUUUGGUUGUGUGUUUUUACAUGUUACUUUUACGCUUGCGCGAGGAGUUUACUGACCGCGUAUUAAUAAUUUUCUAAAAAAGGAAUUUUCAAUUCAAUUGGCCAUCUGGUAUUCUGUUAAAUAAUGCAUCAUCACCAUCCACAUAACACCACAUCAGCAGCAGCGGUAUCAAAUUCGACUACAACACAACCACCCACCCAAAGAAGACGUAAAAAACGCCCCAAUUAUGGUACGCGCACGGUAGAGGUACGACGAGGUUACAGUGGUUUUGGUUUUACCAUUUCUGGCCAGCAACCGUGUCGUUUAUCGUGUAUUAUACCAAAUUCGCCGGCCGAUCAGGCAGGCCUAAGGGCUGGUGACUGUUUGAUCUCGGUAAAUGGCUUAAAUGUCUCUAAAUUGCCUCAUGAAACCGUGGUUCAGCUUAUAGGCAACUCGUUUGGUAGUAUACGCAUGCAAAUAGCCGAACAUUAUUACUCGGAUAGUACGGAUGAAGAAAAUGCAGCUUCCGGUUCCCCAGCCAUACCAUCGCUGGGUCCCUAUAGGCCACGUUAUGUCUAUCACAAGACAAAACAGCAACGCAUGAGAAAUUCUCCGAUGAAAAAAUAUGAAAGUCUAUUGCCUUUGCCAAGAACUGCACAACCUUCUAAAAAAUGUCCUAUUAAUACGGUGAAAAAAACCCCGGGGACUGAGGUUAAAGUGUCUGCUGUAAAGCGUCCAUUAAGCGAAGAACUGAAGGCAGCAGUUACAACGCCUAACUUGUCGUCACCAUCCUCUUCUACAGUGGCUAAUGUCAGAGCCAUGGUAAGAGCUAAUUUAACCAGUGCUGCUUUAGAAUAUAGAGCUGUUGUAGGCUACUUGGGUACCAUAGAAAUGCCAAAGCAAAUCUCACACAGCAGUAAACUACAGACGGUACGCUCAUGUAUACGCAAACUAAGACAGGAAAAACGUACGCCCUCCACAGUAUUAAUGGUCAUUUUGCCCGACUGCCUAAAACUACUCUCGAAUACCGGCAAUAUCAUGGCCACGUAUGCAUCGUCGCGUUUGAACUAUGUCAGUUCAUCGUCAGAGAGUGAAAAUCGCUUCUUUGGUUUGGUAACAAGUGCCGUUUACAGCUCGCCACCAGAAGAAAAUGAUGAUGAAGAAGAUCCCUUAAACGUCGCUUCACAUUCCGCCACCACCGAUCAUAUCAGCAUAUCGAAUUCGUGUCAUGUGUUUGUGGUCGAUACUAAACUAUGCGACCAUGCUCAACACGUAGCCAAAGCCCAGGAAUUUCGUAUUGAAUGUACCAAAGAUCCUAUAUCGAGUUUAUGUCUAGAAUUUCCCAACAACUCGGAAUAUGUUGUGAAUCUUAUUAGAAGCAUGUAUACCAUGCGUAUAAUACCUCCGGCCACUCAACGUUCGAUGUCAGAUGACCCCAAUCUACAUGCUGGCGGUCGUCAUAAUGUCAACGCCCAUUCACCACAACCUAGUAAUCAUAGCGAGAUUUCGACCACAACAUCGAACUCUGAUUCGGGCAUAGGAUAUAAUAACGACUGUACAAAUAUAACGGACCGCAUAGUUGUUGUAGAUUUUCCCCAACAAAGAAGCCAGACAGUACAUGCCGCCUUAAAUGUCGGACAGAGACCUCAUAACAUAUGCCAACAAGAUAUACAAGAAGAUAUAGCCUCUACUUCAUUAGCGGCCAAUAAGCGCUUAACGGUUAGAGCCAUGCCCGAUCCUAAAAUUCCCUAUAAUCUGAAUAGUCCAGUUAGAUGCUUAAUAACUUCGCGAUCAUGUGAUGAUGUUUUAAAUCUCUUGGAACAAGAAUCAGAAAAUUAUGAUAACGACCAACAAGCGCUAACGUCAUUGCCCCAGCAAUGUUAUGCCUCCAUGGAUGAUAUUUCCUUACACCCAUCCUCCCAGCCAGCGGAAGAAGAGGAUCAUCAGUUUUUGAAGCCGCAUAAAAAAACGGAAAAAUCCAAUGACUCGCAAAUAUUAACAACAGAGGAAACUUCUCAAGAAUUGCCCAACACUAUUGAGGAGAAGAAAAAUCAAUUAAAACUACAAUUUGAUGCUUGGAAUAGUUUACAGGACUUAUCGUGUCAAUCGGCCGAAAUCGUAGAUUCUUCUCCCGAUAAACUGGCCAGUACGCCAGAUUUAUCGAAAAUUGAUGUGAACUUGUCAAACUCUCCCUUCGAAAGAGGCUGGUGGAUACAAACGUCGUUACGAACACCCCGAGCAGACAAACAUACACUACAAUUCUCUCUAACGCCCGAAACAAAAAUUAAGACUCGUCCGGAAAUCUACCAAAUGCCCUCGGUUUGUAGAUCGGGUUCUUUAACAAAUAGUGACAUAGACAGAAAUUCUCUAAACUAUCGAACGUCUUCAAACGACUUGACAAAACCUCUACCCAAAGGACCCACAGCCUGGGGUACAUCAAUAGAAGUAUUACUAGCCGAUCCGGCGGGCAUAAAAUCAUUUGCUGAAUUCUUAAAACUCGAAUAUGCGGCGGAAAAUAUUUACUUUUGGACCGCCUGUGAACGAUUUAGAAAUAUUGAGAAUCCCGACGAAAGACAGGCAGAAGCUUUAAUUAUCUACACCAAACAUUUGUCAAACGGUUCACUCGAGCCAGUUAAUGUUGAUUCGAGAGCCCGCAGCCUGGUGGAACAGAAUUUAGGCAAUGCCGAAAAAGAUUUAUUCCAGCCGGCCCAGAAACAAAUUUUCAAUUUAAUGAAAUUUGAUUGUUAUCAACGUUUCUUAAAGUCUGAGUUGUAUAAGCAAUGUUUACUGGCUGAGAAAAAAGGGAAACCUUUGCCCUAUACAGGUGAGAAUUUAGAUGAACUCCUUAAAACGACAAAUUUUUCCGAAAGUGCCUCAUCAAAGUUAAAGAAAUCGGCAAGCAACGCCGAAGAGGGGCGCCGACGUAGAAGUCUACUACCUUGGCACAGAAAAGCCAAUCAUGCCAGAAGUAAAUCAAGAGAUAGAAUAGCGAUAGAAAAAACCAACAAUGAAAACGCCCCAACAAAUGCUGCCAUUCCAUCCACAAAAUCGCAACUGCUUACUGUAAAUUAUCAAAUUAAGCCAUCGGUGUCGAUACAUGGUUCUAAAACAUCAUUGGCCUCUUUCGAGGCCAUAACCGAAAGUGAAUUAAAUUCAAACUUUUGCCGCGUUAAAUUUCCCGAUGGUGCCACCACGGUGACACAAUUGAAGCCAGAGGAAACAGUGGCUCAACUGGUGGAAAGACUUUUUGAAAAGAGAAAUAUAAAAUAUCAAUUCUAUGAUGUUUCUAUUACAGGACCGCCUUUAAAAAACGUAGAACUGCAAUCUUCAGCCCAAGAACUGUCUCGAAAAGAGAUUGAAAUCGAACAACGUGUGGCCUUUAAAUUAGACUUGCCUACACCCAAGGUUAUAUCGGUAAAAAGUAAACCCAAAAAACAAUUGUACGAGGUAGUUAGACCCAUCUUACAAAGAUACAACAUCAAUCCCGAGGUGGUGGACGUGGUAAUGAGAGAUACACAAGAGAAGGUCGAUUUAACCCUGUUAGUGACUCACGUCGACAAUCAACGUUUGCAGGUGGUGCUAAAGAAAGCCUAUCCACCACUACCACAGGCCACGCAGACUAAAAAACCUUAUUGUCAAUCCAAAAACUCUAUAGUAAAUGGUUUGCAAACUGCACAGUCAACAUUGGACGAAAUUACCAAUAAAGUUUUUAGUGACUUAAUGGAUGUUAAAAACCAGGACGCUGUUGCCAAACCAGUCAAGUACGAUCAAUGUUCUUUAAAAUCUGAGGAAUGUGCCUCGGAAUCUUCUUCAUUCAUUAAACGUCUACGUAAUGGCAAGAAAAAUGAUGACCAAACAGGAAUGAGUCAAAUAAAAUCGAAGAAAUCUCUAUGUGGCACAGGAGCAGUAGCAGCGGAAUCAAAACUAGCUAUUAAGGAAAAAAUAAAAGCUGGCGUUAAACAGCAGUUUCCUUUAAAAGUUGCAGAGAGACAAGAUGAUUUGUUGGAGGAUUUAAAACGGGCUCAGCUAGCACGCCUAGAAGAUCAACGUGGAACGGAAAUUAAUUUUGAAUUACCAGAAUUUCUUAAGAACACAGACAAUUUAAACAGUUCGUCAUCGAGUUCCAAUAACAAUAAUAACAUAACCAAUGAGAACUCAUUGAACACUACACCUGUGGAAAGGCCACCUCAGCCAGCACCACGACUUUCCAUAAUAAAUCCCAACAAAUCUAAGCCCUCCAUAUCGCCCAUGAAAAUUGAAGAAGAUCAAAAUUCGGCCGAAGAUUUUGAGGAUAUAAAUUCAUCAUUAAAGGGACCACCACCAUUGCCCCCAAAACCCAAGGUACUACCCAUAAAACCAUCAAACUGGGGUGUAAACAUAAGCCAACUCACUAAAACGUCGCCAUUGCCAACACCCACAAUUUGCAUUAACAAACUAACGAACGCCAAUGUAGCUGCCAUAUCAACAAAUAAUGUAAUAGUCUCUCCCAGUGCCCGUUGUGCCUAUUUGGAUCAACCCAGCAGCAGUUUUGUUUAAAAUUAUGUUUAAAAUUAAUGUGUGUGUAUAACUAACUAUUGUAUGUUUAUAGCAUAUUUUAUUUAAAUUUAUUUUUUAUAUUAUACACCAUUUUUAAAUGCAUUUUAUUAAUGUCCAUAAUAUGUAUUUCUGUGUAAAUAUUUAUUGUAAUCUCUUCUCAUUUUUUAAUGUAACCUUUAUUAGUGUAUUUCACUAUAUUAUAACAUAUUUUUUAUAAAUAUUUUUAAAAUAUUCAUGCGUAUUUUAGUUGUAAGGAAAUUAAACAAAAUUUCUGUAAUUUUAUUUAAAAAAUAAAUUUUGAUAAAGUAUUAACCAAUUUAAAAUUAAA